GUACACUCACCACAUUAUUCCCACUCACCCACUCGAGUCGACGGAGGUGAAAGUACCGAAGUUCCUCUCCCGUCCCGCCAACACGCUCGAUUCUCUGCAGUCGCCUCUCUUCGUCUCUCUGCAACUUUCAGAAGUUCCGCAAAGAUGAGUACCAUGAAAUUCUGCCGCGAAUGCAACAACAUUCUUUACCCUAAGGAGGACAGGGAUCAGAAGUUGCUCCUCUACGCUUGUCGGAACUGCGACCACCAGGAAGUUGCAGAAAACUACUGUGUUUAUAGAAAUGAGGUGCAUCACUCUGCAGCAGAACGCACCCAGGUAUUGCAAGAUGUAGCAGCAGAUCCUACUCUCCCUCGCACUAAAGAUGUUCAAUGUGCUGAGUGUAAGCAUCACGAAGCUGUGUUUUUCCAGGCAACGGCCAGAGGAGAGGAAGGCAUGACGUUGUUCUUCGUCUGUUGCAACCCAAAUUGUGGGCAUCGCUGGAGAGAUUGAGGCGCUGGAAAGGAUUGCGGUGUAUGUUUUCCAAUGUCAGGGUUGCUGUGGAGUUCAAAGAGUUUCUUGCUGCGGUGGAAUGUAUUCUAGUGUAGCCUUUUGUGGGUCGGAUUUGGGCUUGACACGGCCUUUCAGAAGCCAAUUAAUGCUUUUUAGGGUGUAUUUACUGCCCAUCGUGGUGCAUAUGUGAUGCCUAUCAUUUACAAGAAGUAGGCUUUGAGUAGCAAAAUAAUGCUUUGCUGCCCUCUUAAGCACCUUCAGUGGUCCAAGUAUGGGCUUAAAAUCCCCAUAAUCCCCCUUUUGCUGCCAUCCAUUACAUUUCGUGGAACUUAGAGGUUGUUAAAAAUGAAGGAUUUGUGUAGAAGGAUUUGUGUAGAAGGAUUAUGUUGGAUUAUGCUAUGUUGAAUUUGUGUUGAGUUUUAAAAAUUGAAUAUUUGCUUGUCGGAUUUCAAAAUGGACUUUACUAUCUUGGAU